AUCACGUCAGUCCAUGGAACUGCUAUAGCCUGCUGUGUUUUGAUUCACAAUGCACUGCAUUAGGCUAAAUGAUACAUACAUGACCCCAUGUUAAAAAAUAAUUUGACACUGAGUGCGCCGUAUAGAGAAGUGUAGCUUACAGCCUAUGGUGCAGCCUAUUUGAUGUCCGUCGCAACAUUGUGGCAGUAAGGUAGGCUGCCCUAUGAAUUUGCGGUCACUCCGCUGGGUUCUUAAGAUGAUUGAUGCAGCAGGGUCUUUUGUUUUAGGCUACUGUUCGUAUGGGCAUGACGUGAUACGACGUGGCAGCGAAGAUGAUCUCAAUUUGGAAUUUUUGCCUUUUUUAUCUGGGCUACAUGCACCGUGAUAGAGUAUUGCGUUAUACGAGCGAGCGUUUAUUCAAGACAAUGAGCCUGUACCGUCAGUUGGUAUAGUGAUUCGGUUGACUGCAGGCAUCGCAAUUCGGAUUUCCACAGCUUGGAUACGCAAGCUCCAAGAUGGGAUUACUGCUUUCGACCCGUCAUGUCGGCGACAGCGGGACCGUUUGAGCAAGAGUGAGCCCCCACUGGCCAGCUGGGAUGACCAUGCCACUGCACCAGAUCUCUGUCAUCCCCCGCGACGUGCCCUCCUCCAGGGUGUCGGGCAGCGGGAAAGCAAAGGACAAGGACCGCGACAAGCAGAAUGAGAAGCCUCUCGGCCAUUCUGCAAGCAGGUCCAGCAACAUCUCAAAGGCGGGCAGCCCAACAUCAGUAAACGCCCCGAGCACAUUCUCCCGAACCUCCGUCACCCCUUCCAGUCAGGACAUCUGCAGUUCAAAUGCGCUGGCGCACGAUCAGGGCUACCAGAAGCCUGUGCACACCGCCGUGGUGCUGCUUAAUGCCAACGGCAAAAGCGCCGCGUCACCGCAGAGCGUCACCACCACUACAUACCUCUCGCCGGUCAAGCCGAGGACCAAGGCGGCGUUCGGCGCCGAGUGGCUGUCCCUGCUCAAGGCCCCGGUGAACAUCCGGCGAGACGACGGCACGCUGAAGUUCUCCCGCUCCCUCAACGACAUGGGCCAGAGGAUGGACAGCCUGUGCAGCGGCCUUCACUUCAUCGACCGCACGUGCUCGGACGGCGAGCUGGGCAUGGAGCCGGAAGUGCCGCCAGAGCACGGCAAGACCUCAGUCGCCGGCAAACCUGCCCAGCGAGGGGCCCUGGCGUUCCCCUUCACGCGCUCGCCCUCCUUUUCCACCAACUACAAGUUUGUGGGCGGCCCGCUGCCCGAGCAGACCCUGUCGGCGCCGCCCGUACCCCUGCCCCUGCCCGUGGCCGACCCCCACAAGGGCUCCAACCUGCUGCGCAUCUUCUUCCCCUUCAGCCACUCGUCCACGGCGGGCAGCUUGCACGCCUCGGAGAUGGGCAGCCUGGCCUCGCGCCUGCACAUCACCAAGUCGGCCAGCGCGCUGCUGGAGGGCAGCGAGUCCUUCCUGGCCGAGGAGGAGGUGGGCGAAGACGAGGUGUUCGAGGACGAGCCGUCGGCCGCCGCGCAGCACUGGCGGCUGAAGGUGGAGGGCCUCCGCGCCCCGCUCUGCUCCCUGGAGGGCGACAGCGACCUGGACCGCUGCCCCUCCUCGCCGAUGUCCGACAAAAUGGGCCCACUCUCGCCCUACUCGCUGUCCGGUGACUGCUGCAGGAUCUGUCACUGUGAGGGGGAUGAGGAGAGUCCACUGAUCACGCCGUGCCACUGCACGGGCAGCCUGCGCUUCGUCCAUCAGACCUGCCUGCAGCAGUGGAUCAAGAGCUCAGACACGCGCUGUUGUGAGCUCUGCAAGUAUGAGUUCAUCAUGGAGACUAAACUCAAGCCGCUGCGCAAGUGGGAGAAGCUCCAGAUGACCGCGAGUGAGAGGAGGAAGAUCAUGUGCUCCGUCACCUUCCACGUCAUCGCCAUCACCUGUGUGGUGUGGUCACUCUACGUGCUCAUCGACAGGACGGCGGAGGAGAUCAAACAUGGGAUCUUGGAAUGGCCAUUCUGGACCAAGCUGGUGGUGGUGGCCAUAGGCUUCACUGGGGGACUGGUGUUCAUGUAUGUGCAAUGCAAAGUCUACAUCCAGCUGUGGCGGAGACUUAAGGCUUACAACAGAGUAAUAUACGUGCAGAACCGCCCAGAGACCUGUAAAAAGAUUGUUUUUGACAAACCGCCGCUCAUGGAGCCCAACUUGGAGAACAAGGAGGCUCUUGCCCCGGCACAGUCGGACACAAACUCUUCGCAGUAUACAGAGACGGAGGACUACAGCAUGGAGAUUCUCCAUGUGUGACCCGAUGCCCCAUGAUGACCCCACCUCCACCCUUCCCCUCUCCACCCACAUACCUGCUCCACCUGUGGCUGUGUCUGUUGGCCACAGGGAGCGCUAGACUUUCACUGGAGUGGAGAAUGAUGAGGACAGACGUCUCCCUCCUGUUUUAAUAUUAUUUAGCCUUUGUCAGUUUGUUUGUUUGUUUGUUUUGUUCCUGCAAGUUGGUGGCUAAUCAUUACAAAUCAGUGUGUGCCAGAUCAUGGAACAUUCCAACUACUGCCAUUGUACUGCUGUUGUACAAGACCUGAUGUUUGCCGCUCCGAGUGUGUGUCAACUGCAUUGGGUCUGAGCGCCGCUGGAGGUGUGUGAGAGGGGUAUAUGAGUGUGUGUGUGUGUGUGUGUAUGUAUGUGUGUGUGUUUGUGUGUAUGUGUAUCCACACCAGUUGUAAUGGAGUCUUUAACAAUGCAUUCAAGCACUUUUUAAUUUCCUGAUAACCAGGUUCCCCCGUUUUAAUAUGAAUAAAUUCCUUUAUAUUGUUGUAUGUGUGAUAUAGAAAAAAGAAGCAAACUUGAAGUUUUCAGUAGAAUUCACAUGUUUUAUAUAAUUACAUUUGUAUCCCACUCUCCACACUUUGGAUGAAAAAAAGGAAUGGACAUUGUAAUGAGGGAAAGCAGAUCACUCUUAUAAUCCUACAUUUUUUUCCGAAAAAGAAAAAUAGCCUAUACCAGGGGAAUUAUUUUAAACCACUGAUUUUAAGCCAUUCAUUCCUUUGCUUGUAAUGAUUCUGCAUUGAUUUGCACCUAAGGAUGAGGUGGAGUCAAGCCAUGUCGGCCUAAUGAAAAAGAGAAUGUACACUUUAGUACAAUGAUUUUCUACCGGUCACUGGAGCCAGAUGAUCCUCACUGUAGCACCAGCCCAUCUUCCUGAUUUCACCUUUCUUUUCUAGACAGCAGAUAUUUUUUGGUUCUUACCUCACCAUGAAUAAAAAGUAUUAUUGGGUAAGCGAGUACUUCCCCUCCAUACUUUUAGCCAUCCACAUGAACUCUGUCCAAAGGUUUCAGAUGGACUUGAAAGCUAAUGCAGUCAUUUGUAGAAUUGUUUUGCUAACAAUAUUCAGUCUCCAUGACAAUUAGACGGCCACACUUCUAUUGUAGUGCUGCCUUAAAAGGUGCCCAAUUAAAACGUCCUGUUUUAUCACACUUCCACAGACAUUGGGUAUUAUAUCUUAAGAUAUAAUUAUGAGGGAAAAGAUAAAAUAUGGUUUGAACAUGCCUUUUAGUAUUCAUAUGCUGACAAGAUUAAAUAGCUGUCUGUGGAACGCUCUGGAGACUGGUGUGUCUGUUGUGAAGGGAUGAGAUUUGUUUAAACACUGUAAUUCUAGAGAUGCUAAGCAACCGUUGGGUGCUGCUGUAGUGGGGGUACUGUAGCCUAUAUUUCUCUACACAAACCAUGGGUAAUGCAGUUUGUUCAUUUUAAUGGCAGUGAAAUAGCACUGCCUGUUUCCCAAUUGGCAAAUUUGUUCUAUAUUAAUGUAAAUGUACAGGGUACAGUUAACAUAAUUCUUAAAAUGUGAAAGAAUAAAGCUGGACAAUGAAAUGGGCUGUAGUAAAUACUACAGUAGUAUUUACACAUCAGUGUAAGGCUGAAGUCUAAAACAUUUGAAAGGGUGAACACUGCCACCUUGUGGAUAAGACUAGUACAGAAAUAGGCUACAGAAGACCAGGGCUAACAUGUUUCCAAUCUAUUUCCUCUUACUCAGACAGGAAGAAGAAGAGAUUUUUUCCAGAAACAUCAAACAUCAAAUAAAUCUCUUAAGUCCUCCGAUAUUUAUCUACAGCAUAAUCUUUGGCAGAAAACAGUGAAAUUUAUCUGUGACUUUUGGGCGUUAACGUUUUGCACAACUGGACAGGAAAGAUGAAUGUGAAUAUAACUAUAGUACAAGAUUUGCGACAAAUGCUUAACAGCAGUUGGCAAGGUCAGUAACCAUCAGAAAGGUCAAAGUGGAGUAAGAUUAGUGGAUUAAUUUGUAAACAAUGGUGAUAAAAACAUACAUGAUAGUUUCUCUCAGACAUUUGUAUCACUUUUUCAUUCACAAAAUUUAAAUACUGUAAUUGAACAUGGGUUUGUUUCAAUUUGUUCAAUUUGUCUUUUGACACACAAUACAUCCUCACAUAGGAGCGGGCUCCUACAAACCCCUCUUGUACUGAUGCCUCUGUUUGAGCUGUGGACUUUUUCGGUAUUGUUAAAAUGACCAAGGACUGAGUGUAACUGAGACAUUGAAACCGAAGCUUUGUGAUGUAACUAUGAUCAUUCAAGCCAGCAAGUGUUUAGUACUGCAUUCCAUCAUGUAUGUAUGUAAGUAUGUAUGUAAUGCUUUGCUCUGUAAAAAGUGGCAUAUUUUUGUCAAAAAUGUAGUACUUUACAUGCCAGGUUUGUCAAAGUGGAGUCCUGAUGAAUUGCAGUUUCUUUUUUGAGCAAUGUCACCUCUGACAGGCUAGCAAGUGUUACUUGCAUUUAAACUGCAGUGCUUUACUACUGACUCAAGUUGAGAGUUGUCAACAGGACUGUUUGCCCCUUCAUCUUAUUUCAUACUUUGUGAAAUUACUUUUGGUAGUAACUUCAAUUUUGGUUCAAAAAAUAAAUAAAUAUUGAUGUGCUUUGAUUUUAAUUUUCCUAUAUUUGAGCAAAGUAUAUAGUAUGAAAAAAAAUAAUAAAAUGAAGUGAACUUUA